ACGCAUGCGCAGUGUCCUAGUAGUGAAUAGUAGCCAAGUGGACGUUAGCAGUGAAAAGUACGUGGCAGAAAACUUUCGACAUGGAGGUAGCUGCACUGUUCGCCCUGACUUUGUUACUGGGUGCACUGGUUAUUCUGGUGGCACUGGCGGUGGGCAGACGGAAGGAAGAAAUAAGAGAGGAGAUAGAGCCUGAAGUCAGUGUUGCAAAAGGCCCGGCUGCAUCCAAGAAACAGAGACAGGAAAAACAGCGCAGCCGUAAAGAUAAAACGUCACAGCACACUUUCAGCCAUCCGCUCCUGGCAGCUUCACUGAAGAGCCACAGUGCGAACGUGACGUGCCUGGAUUUCAGCAGUAACGGGAAGUACCUGGCGUCAUGUGCUGACGACCGCACCGUCCGAAUCUGGAGCACCAAAGACUUCCUGGAGAGGGAGCACAAGUGUUUGAGGGCCAAUGUGGAGCUGGAUCACGCGACACUAGUCCGCUUCAGCCCAGACUCCAGAGCGUUCAUCACCUGGUUGGCCAACGGAGAUACUAUUCGAAUCUUUAAAAUGAUCAAAAAGGAGGACGGCACAUUCACCUUCAAAGCUGCUCCUGAGGACUUUCCACAGAAACACAAAGCCCCCAUCCUCAACAUUGGCAUCGAGACAGCAGAGACGGGUAAAUUCAUCAUGAGCGCCUCCACUGACACCACGAUCCACAUCUGGGACCUGAAAGGAGAGGUACUGGCCUCCAUCAAUACUAACCAGAUAACCAAUUCUUACGCUGCCAUCUCUCCGUGUGGCAGGUUUGUAGCCUCAUGCGGUUUCACUCCUGACGUGAAGGUGUGGGAGGUUUGCUUUGGGAAGGGAGGAGAGUUCAAAGAGGUCGCCCGAGCUUUUGACCUGAAGGGCCACUCUGCUGGAGUUCACGCAUUCGCCUUCUCCAAUGACUCUCACAGAAUGGUGACCGUCUCCAAAGACGGUACGUGGAAGCUGUGGAACACAGACGUGGAGUACAAAAAGCAGCAGGACCCCUACCUCCUAAAAACAGUCCCCUGUGCGUCAUCUGAAGGGAGCCUGGUGGCCUUGUCUCCAGACGGCCGGGUGGUGGCCGUCAGCGACGGCAGUAACGUGGCUAUGUACAACGCUGCCAGCGGACAACUAGAGGAGGAGCUGCACGGCGUCCACAGCGAAGAUAUCAACGACCUCAGAUUUGACAUUAACGGACGCUUCUUGGUGUGCAGCGGUGAUAAGGCCAUCCGAGUGUUUCACAACGCCCCGGGUUACCGGGCAGCCAUCAGAGACAUGCAGGACAUGCUGAAGAAGGCGCAGAAUGAGGCCAUGAAGCAGAGACUGGAGCAGCAGAUCAGAGAGGCUCAGAGCACCCUGGACACGGUGCUUGCUGCCCCCGUUGAGUGAAAGAGCCCCCCCCAAAAAAAAACUCCCCUUUGAUUGUGAUAAUGUGACUCAAUCUCAACUCUCCCUCCGUCACUAACAAUCUGGUCCAGGAAAAAUGGAAUUUGCAUGCAGUUUUAAUAAAGAACUUCUUUUUAUGGAAAGAUAAAAUGGUUUGAGUUCAGGUCUUUUUGUCCUGUUAUGAUGUUUUCAGUGUUACUCUGCUGUGGCUGAUUUUCUAUUUGCAUUUUGAAGCUUCAAUUUAAAAUUUUGCUCCACUCAAAAA